CUGUUUCCUCACAUGGCAGACAGUCUGAAAGGGAGAAAAGAAAACAAACGGCAGAGGUCAGACGGAGGGGGAGACAAAAGGAAAUUAAAAAGAUAAAAAGGGAUGAAAAGUCAAGAAGUGGAUGGAAUGAAGAAUGGAACAAAUGCUGAAAAUGGGGACAGGAGUUGAGCAAGCAUCUUUGGAAAAUCAGGCACGUACUGUACGGCGCCAAAGAAGUGUCAUGUUGUGCGUAUCCGGAACCAUCGAAGGGGGAAGGCUUUAACAGGAGGACACGCACUUGAAAGAUGGCAGACGUACCAGAUAACGCUCCAGAACAUUGUCCAGGUACAACAAGUGAGCAAGCCGGAAAGUCAGCGUCAUGUCAGGGCUGCCCCAAUCAGAAGCUGUGUGCUUCUGGAGCCACCAAGGCCCCCGACCCUGCCAUAGCAGAGAUAGGAGCGAAGCUGUCGACCGUCAAACACAAGAUCCUCGUGUUGUCUGGAAAAGGAGGAGUAGGGAAGAGCACCUUUAGCGCUCACCUGGCCCACGCCUUAGCAAGUGACAGCACAAAGGAGGUUGCCCUGCUGGAUGUAGAUAUUUGUGGUCCAUCCAUUCCAAGGAUCAUGGGCUUGGAGGGAGAACAAGUUCACCAGAGUGGCUCAGGCUGGUCUCCUGUGUAUGUAGAUGACAACCUGGCGGUCAUGUCUAUUGGUUUCCUGCUCAGUAGUCCAGAUGAUGCUGUGAUCUGGAGAGGACCCAAGAAGAAUGGGAUGAUUAAGCAGUUUCUGAGGGAUGUUGACUGGGGUGAGCUGGAUUACCUCAUUGUGGACACGCCCCCAGGCACCUCUGAUGAACACCUGUCAAUUGUCCAGUAUCUGAGCUCCACCCAUGUUGACGGAGCCAUCAUCAUCACCACACCCCAGGAGGUGUCGUUGCAGGAUGUGAGAAAGGAGAUCAGGUUUUGUCAGAAGGUCAAGCUGCCGAUCAUCGGAGUGGUGGAGAACAUGAGCGGCUUCGUCUGUCCGAAAUGCAAGAACACAUCACAGAUCUUCCCUCCUUCCAGCGGAGGUGCCGAGCAAAUGUGUGCGGAUCUAAAUCUACCUCUGUUAGGGAAGGUACCUUUAGAUCCGAGGAUAGCACGGAGCUGCGAUGAGGGCAGAUCUUUCCUAAAUGAAGUACCUGACUCUCCUGCUGCUGAAGUCUACCGGAGAAUUGUGCAGAGUAUCCAGGACUACUGUUCCAACCGUGUGACAGAGGAGCAGAGCACCACCUGAGCUGCAGCACUGAGACACAUCACAUGAUGAGAGUGUGGUAGAAGUGAGACACACAUUGAAAGUCCAUAAAAUCAGUAUUUCUAUGUUCAUCAAAGCUUGCCAUAAUUUGAAUCAGGAGCUUUGAUAUUAGUUUGGUGGGCUGGUCAAAUAAGAGCUUCGGCCCAGUUUUGAAUAUUGAUUAUCUGACAAGUCGUUCCUACUGAAGACAUAAAUCUCUUAAAACAGGUCACAAACAUAUUGUUUCAAUUUCAACUUCAGCGUAAUAAUUUCCUAAAACAGCUUGACACUCAUACAGGAGUAAGUAGUACAUUUGUUCGGAACUAUUUUCAGCUGUGGAUUAAUACACAUUUGUUCAAGUGAGUAUUUACAGCAGGAGAAUUAUGUUUGUGGGACUGACUUAAAAUAACCUACAGGGGUGGUGUUAAUGGCAGUGAAGAAAUAUGCCAGUGGUGCAGCAUUGUGGUUUACUGAUGUUUUUUUGAAUAGUUUUUGGACAAUAGAGCUCUAUGGCACAUGUUGUGUGCAUGUUUGUGGGAUCAGUUCAUUGGUUUUUUUUGGUCUUUUUAUGGGAUUUAUUGACAAUGACUAUGUCAGUUCCUUCACAAGAUGAAAAGAGAUAAAUACUCUUCCCCAAACAUCACCAAGUAUUUGGAGAAGUUAAACCUGUGAUGAUGUAUUAAUUCGAGCAGUAGUGACAUUUAAACAUUUCCGGCGAGGACAUUUUGCAGCCCUGAAUCUGUGUCUGGGGAGUCACUGGCUGCAGUGAAUAAAUAGUAAGCAGGAAUACAGAAUGCAAUGAUUAACCCAUGUAGGUUACCAAUUGACCAAGUCCUCUAAAUACAGAGCACAGUAUCAUCAGUAUCUUCUCAUUUGAUUUUGCUUCUUCAGUGAUUGUAAUCAUUCCACCUUUCAUCACAUUUAGCUUCAAUUUAAAUGACUCUCUUCCUCCUAUAUACAGCAUAUGGACUGUUUUCUAUGAUUUGAUUAAGUAUUUUUUUAAAUAUGUUUUUGGACAGAUGUUUUAUGUGAUGUACUUGUGUUAACUGAUUUAUAAAAUAAAUUACCAAACACGAAA